AUAAAUAAGGUCGGCGGAUUUUCAUAAAUUAAAAAAAAAAAAAGAAAAGAAAACAAAGACUGGGAGAAGACGGCCCCGAAACAGAGAUCGAUUUAGCUGAAGAUGAAGAUUUUCGUCAAAACUCUCAAAGGCUCUCACUUCGAUGUCGAAGUCAAAGCCGAAGAUGUGGUUUCUGAUGUAAAAAAGAACAUAGAAACUGUUCAAGGAGCAGAUGUUUAUCCUGCUGCACAACAAAUGCUUAUCCAUAAGGGGAAAGUUCUUAAAGAUGACACGACACUGGCUGAGAACAGUGUCACUGAAAAUAGCUUUAUUGUCAUCAUGUUAACUAAGAAUAAGAGUUCAUCUGGUGAGGGUUCAACUGCUUCAACAGCUCCUACAACUAAAGCUCCCCAGGCAAGUGUACCUCCGCCAGCCCCAACACCAGCUUCUACUGCACCUGUUGCAACUACAGCUCCGGCUGCACCUGUCACUGAAUCUGCUCCUGUUGCUUCAAGUACUCCUGCGUCAGAAUCUGAUGUUUAUGGCCAAGCAGCAUCCAAUCUGGUUGCAGGAAGUCACUUAGAGGGAGCAAUUCAGCAAAUUCUUGAUAUGGGUGGAGGGACCUGGGAUAGGGAUAUUGUUGUACGCGCUCUUCGUGCUGCUUAUAAUAACCCUGAAAGAGCUGUUGAAUAUUUGUAUUCUGGUAUCCCUGAGCAAGCUGAAGUUCCACCUGUGGCCCGUGCCCCUGUAGUUGGGCAAGCCACUAACCCUCCAGCACAGCCUCAACAGCCUGCACAAGUGUCACCUGUUCCUACAAGUGGACCCAAUGCAAAUCCAUUAGACCUCUUUCCUCAGGGCCUUCCCAAUAUGGGUGCAGGUGGUGGUGCUGGGGCAGGCACUCUUGAUUUUUUGCGUAACAGUCAACAGUUUCAAGCUUUGCGAGCGAUGGUGCAGGCCAACCCACAAAUAUUGCAGCCUAUGCUUCAGGAGUUGGGGAAACAAAAUCCUCAUUUAAUGAGGCUUAUUCAAGAGCAUCAGGCUGAUUUUCUUCGCCUGAUUAAUGAACCUGCUGAAGGUGGAGAGGGGAACAUUUUGGGGCAAUUAGCCGAGGCGAUGCCGCAAGCUGUACAAGUGACGCCUGAGGAACGUGAAGCCAUAGAACGGCUUGAAGCCAUGGGCUUUGAUCGAGCGACCGUGCUCCAGGUGUUCUUUGCCUGCAACAAGAAUGAAGAACUGGCUGCCAACUACCUUUUAGAUCAUAUGCAUGAGUUUGAGGAUUGACUUGGUAAAGAAAAUGUCUAGGCGAAAGUACAUUUUUUUUUCUGUCUUUUGUUAUUCAUCUCCGUACCUGUCUUGACUUUUAUUUCUUAAUCAAGUGAUUGUGAAGUGUUUGGUGCAGACACAAGGGAUAUCAAGAUGUAACUUUCUUUUUAGGAACCCAUUACAACGUUUAUAUACAAAGUGUCUUCGUAAUUUUGUGUAUAUUUAAGAGCAGAUUUGCAUGCA